UGUAUAGUGUGGGUGAUACAUGUAGGCCUAUCUAUCUAUUGGUGCAGUUUAAUUUUGACUGUGUUCCCUUUUGUACGUGAUGGAUUUGAAUUGACUACAUUAUGUGGCUUUAGAGAGCUUUGAAGUCAAUGUACAAGAUAAAUUGGUAAAACAUGGGAACCUUUGGAGGACAUGCCUUACCAGGAAGUUUCUUUAUGUUCUUUGGCUUGUGGCAUGUAAUACAAAUAUAUCGAAGAUAUUAUCAAUGCAAAAGGGACAAUUUAAUGUAUACAACUUCCACAUGGUUCCCAAUUGACUGUUGUUGUGGCAAGCUCAAAGAAUUUCCCGUUGAAGUGGUUCUUAAGAUUUUCCUCAUAUCUGUUGCAUUUUCACUGGAGAUAUACACAGGAUCUCCUAAUGGUGUAUUUGACGCUCCAGGAAAUGAGCAGCAUGCUACCAUGUUUUUCUUUUUCGGAGUAACUGCAGUAUUUGAAAUUCUCCUUUAUUACAAAGCCAGCUUCCCACCUCUUCUCAAUUAUGUGGGUUACACACUGUCUUUCAGUGUGGAAUUUGUGCUCUUUAAAUUUCAUCUACAUGGACGCUCCAAGAUGGAUGUCUUGUUGCACACGCUGCUUUUGUAUGUUAUUGGGGUCUGCAUAUUAUCAACACUUGCUGAAAUGAAAUAUCAACAUCAUAUCUUGGCAUCCUUGACAUUAAGCUAUGCCAUAAUGGUACAAGGGUCCUGGUUUUUACAUAUUGGUUUUAUUUUAUAUAAUCCUAUACCUGGUGCUGUAGCCUGGGAUCAAGAAAGCCAUAGACAAAUGAUGUCAAUCACAAGCUAUUUUGCAUGGCAUACAGGAUUCAAUUUGUUAAUAAUAGUGAUAAUUGGGGCUGUGAUAUCCUAUAUUUAUCGUAAAAAAUAUGGUUAUGAAGAUGAAGAUUCCACGGCCAUGGAGAGAUUAAUUCAUACAAAUUCAGAUGGACAAACUAUAGUAAAUAUGAAUGAUGAUAGUGAUGAUGAAGCUGAAUUUUGACAGAUAUUUUUCCACUCCUGACACAUGGCGUAAUAUUUAAAAAAUAAAAAAAAUACUACAUUAAAAGUAUAGUAAAAUAUUUUUACUUCCACAAAUAGUGAUUUUUAGAGUUAAAUGUUUAAUCAAAGCAUUCAAGCACUAGUAUGCAAUUGAAAAGAAUAAGUUUGACACCAUGUUCGAUAUUUAAUCAAUGCGAUAAAUGUAAGUUGUUGAUGAAUUAUAUUUGAAAGACAAUAAGACCGCCUUGCCUUCUGAUGUUUUAGACUAUCUUUUUUUAUAUGCUCACCUAUCCAAAAUGUUUGGAUUGUAAGUUUCAAAUGAUACGAAUUACAUAAUUGGUUUUUACAUUUUAUACAUCUAAAUUUCAAUGUGAGAAAGUUUCAGUCAUGAGAUCCUGUGAUGUCAUAGCUGACUUCCAGUCAUUUUGUAUUUAAUUCUUCAGCCCUGAAGAAGUUAGUACUGGCACUGAUGUUGGAUAAAAAGGUGGUUUAUUGAUACAUAUUAUUGUAUCACUUUUCAAUGUGGUUGUAUAUUGUUGUCACCUGUGUCCAGCCGUCAUCCAUAGUUGCCAGUAAAGACCAUUGGAGUUAUUGCAAUUGGCCAUUUGAAAUAUCUUGUGGACGUUUUAAAGGCUAAAGUUACCAUUCGAAUGGCUGUUGUGGGUGUAUGUUUUAUUAACAGAACACCCCAAUCGCUAAAUGCCACCUAAAGAUGUAUGUUUCAUUUUCUGGUAAUUAACCUAUCUUUUAUUUGUUUGUCAAAUCACCAUGAAAGAAACAUGACUCACUGUUUAAGUUGUUGGUAAGUGAUAUUAUAUACGGUACUAUUAUGUAAAAUAUGACAAUCCCAUAUUUUCAUAAACAUGGAACAUAACCGUUACGGGAAAUUGAAUGAGGUCAAAAUUAUUUCGAAAUUUUCGACAUACCAACUUAAAGUGAUGGGGGUAGGGGUAGAUGUAUUAUGCCUGUCGGUCAGUCAUGCUACAAGUCCAAAUUUUACAUUUUCCCUUUUCCCUAAACAUGGAAUAUACCUCUUUAUGGUAAUUUGAAUGGGGCCUAAAUCAUUACGAAUUUUUAGACACACAAACAUGUAUGGGUGGUUACGGGGUCGAAGAGAUUUUUUUAUCUAUACCCUUAUAUUUUAAAAUAUUGUUUAAUGUGGGCCAACUGAUAAUUCAUCAGUCCAAAUAGAUUAUAUUAUCUCUUAAUCAAUUAUUUACUUAUAGAUAAGAGAUUAUGAUAUGUAUUUCCCUAAUUAUUAUACAUUAUUUAGGUUUUUUUAUACGCCUAUAUUAAACAAUAGUUAGAUAUUUCUAUAUGCCCAUAUUUUAUAUUACAGAACAAAAUUCUAAAUUUUCCAUUUUCCUAAACUUGGAACAUAACCACAAUGGGAAUUUGAAUCGGUCAAAAUAAUUUCGACAUACCAACAUGUGAUUGGGGGGAUGGGACGCUACAUGUAUUAUGACUGUCGGUCCAUCCAAAUUUUAAAGUUUCUUUUUUCUCCAAACUUGGAACAUACCAGUUUAUGGUAAUUUUAAUGGGGCCAAAAUCAUUUCGAAAUUUUCGACAUACAAACAUGUGGGGGUAGGGUCGACAAUGUUUAUAAGAUUUUUGCCACAUUUAAUAUUUUUUUUUAUAUACCAACACAUUUAAGAUAUUGUUUAAUAUGGGUCAACUUAUAUCUUGUUUUUUAAACAGUAAUAUACUUAUAGAUGUAGUUUAAAAUCGUUUCCAAAUAAAGUAUUUCAUCAUCAUUGUU